AUGUAAGAAGCAGCUGAGGAGUUGCUGUGCUGCCUGCAGCUUCCUCCAAUGGCGAUGGCGGGGGAUUCUGCUUCGGAAGUGCCCGUUUUCACAGAGACCAGCAUGGGCACCCGCAUAGCUCUCUCGGCCCCGCCUGAUAUCACCGCAGCAGACUUCAAAAGAACAUUUGAGAGGGAGUACUGUGGUUGCUUUCCUGAAUCAGGAGCCAUCAGAGUUCAUGGAUUAAUGGUGAAACGGAGAUCAUGCUUUUACCACCUGCCCGAUUCAAUGCCCAUAAAGUAUGUCUUCCAUGGAGCUACUGAAGCAUGGUUUCUUUAUGUUAAUCUGAGGCCUUCUGAUGGUUUAAGUGGACCACACUUACACGAUCAUGUUGCGACCAAGGAUCAUCUUCAGACUUCCCAGAGCUCUUUCACGAGUACCAAGAAUAGCAAAGAUGAAAUUUGGGAUAGAAGCCUCAAGCCUUGUCCACCUAAGAGUCGGGGAAUUGUCCACCAUUCGAAGGAGAAGAAGAGAAAAAGCAGUUCAUUUGAAAGUUGCCACCUUAAUAAAAAUGAAGAAAAUGAAAAUGGUGCACCUGCCUCUGCUGAUGUUUUCGUUGAACCAGCAGCUGGUGGAAAUCCUCAAUCAAUGGAUGAGAGUUCUGGCCCAAGUUCAUCGGAAGUCAUUUCAGUUGGAGGAAUUAUUAAGAGAUAUUUCAGUUCCAUCGAGGUGAAUGAUGGUGUUACUAGCCCUAUCUCCAAGUCAAUAGCUGUUCACAGUUGGGCAAAUGAACGAACCAAUGCGUCAGCAGAGUUUGCAGUCAAAACACCGCCUAGGCCACUGAAUACUUUGAAGGACAGAAGAGAAAGAAGCCGAGUGGGAAAGCGGCUGGUCACAGCAUCACAUGUUCUCGGAGUUUCUCCUAGUCAGAAGACCAUGUCUUCUCUUUGCAGGUCUCAGAAUGGUAAAGUUUCAGGUUGUUCUCCUGGUAUAAAAUGUCUGGCAUUUGAGAUGAGUGACAGCAGUGCUGAUCAAAGCAACUCGUGAAAAGCUCAUGAGAAGAAAAUGCUUCUAUAUAUGCAGGAUCAACACACAAAAUGAUCAUCCAGGGAUCUUGAAGCAUUCUCACCUUUGGGACGGGACAUAUAGGAAUCCAUCCCAAUGCUUUUGCAUCAACGAAAUCCGUGUCUAUGCAGAAGGUGACUGUGUCGCAUUCCCAGGAUCCGGGUCUCGUGUUGCCUGAUAUGAGUUAACGGGCCAAUGUCAUGAUCUUUCUAAGAUGCCAUGAUGUCAAUGAUUCUACUGGACUAUAUUGGUUUUUGCUACUGCCCGAUCCAGAAUGCAUUUCUCAAUUAGCUCUCUGUACUUUUUUACUCUUUUCAAAUUGAACCCAUAAAUAUUUUUAUAACUACCCUUGACAA